CAGCUGAGCCGAGUGCGCAUGUGCGGAAGAAGAAGAAGAAGAGGGCAAAGCAGCCCAGGGAGUUCUGUAAUAAUGUUGACGUUGUCUUUACAGCUUUAAGCAGAAGUUCCUUGUGCAGCUAAGCCUUGGAUGCAAACACAGCAGUGAUGUCAUCUUGGUGGUGGGAUCAGUGGUCGCUGAGCCCGAACCGAACGCUGCGCUCCACCGGGCCAGACGACAAGACCUGCUUUAAUGCUACGCAGAACACUGUCCUGAACGGAGUCAGCUUUGGCGGCGUCCCUGUUGUGUUGCUGCUAAACUUUAGCGUCUUUUUGGUGUUGCUGAUCCUCUUUUCUGUUAUACGGAAAACGUUCUGGGACUAUGGACGUCUUGCACUGGUGGCAGACAAUGAAAGGGUCACUGAGUCGGGACGCCAACGUUACAGAAAUCUGUCAUCCUGUGUGUCCAUUGGAGAUGACCCGGAGUAUGAACUGGGCUUCUGUUCUUGGCUUCCUUAUAUCCUCAGAAUGGAUGACGACAAGAUAAAAGCCCGGUGCGGCAUAGACGCUGUCCACUACCUGUCCUUCCAGCGCCACCUCGUCAUCUUGCUGCUGGUCAUUACCGUCACCUCCCUGUCAAUCAUACUGCCUGUCAACCUGACAGGGGACCUGUUGGGCAACGAUCCACAGAGUUUUGGAAGAACGACUAUCGGGAAUCUUCAAAAGGGAAAUGACCUGUUGUGGCUGCACACUGUGUUUGCCGUCCUCUAUCUGGCCCUCACUGUUAUUGUCCUGCGACAUCACACAUCGCAAAUGAAAGGCAUGGGAAGAGACACGACCAGAAACACCUUGUUUGUAAAGGCUGUACCUAAAACAGCGACAGAGGAGGAUGUAAGGACACAUUUCAUAGAGGCGUACCCCACUUGCAGAGUGUGUGCCGUCAACAUUGCCUACGAUGUGGCUAAGCUCAUGCAUCUGGACAAGGAAAGGGUUCGAGCAGGAAAAAACCUGCGCUACUACGAGCGUGUCCUAGAAAAGACAGGGAAGCGUGAAACAAUAUACCCCCGACUGUGCGGUUACCUCUGUUGCUGUGCCAACUGUGACAAGGUGGACGCAAUAGAGUACUACAGCACUAAAGAAACAAACCUGCUGGAGGAGGUGAGGCAGCAGGUGGAGGUGGUGCCACAGCGCUCCCUGGGGCUGGCCUUUGUCACUUUGCAGACAGAAGCAAUGGCCAAGUACAUUCUGAAAGACUUCAACGCGCUGGAAUGUGGUGGCAGGAGUUGUUGCUGUUGUGGCAGAGAGCCACAGCCUUCCACCAACAGUGGAGGUCUCAAAGUGAAGAAGUGGAGGGUGAGCUUUGCACCUCAUCCCAGAAAUGUUUACUGGGACCACCUCUCAGUGCAGGGUUUUUUCUGGAUCAUCCGCUACAUGAUGCUUAACUUCCUGCUUUUCUUCCUGCUUACCUUCCUGACAACGCCCACCAUCAUCAUCAACACCAUAGACAAGUUCAACGUCACCAAUCCCAUCCACAAUCUGAAUAGCCCUAUCGUCAGUCAGUUUUUCCCCACGCUCCUGCUGUGGUCCUUCUCUGCCCUUCUGCCCACCAUCGUCUACUACUCCACGCUGGGGGAGGCACACUGGAGCAGGUCCAGUGAGCAGCUGAGCAUGUUGCACAAGCUUUACUUCUUCCUGCUCUUCAUGGUGCUCAUUCUUCCCUCACUCGGGCUCACCAGUCUUGCGUUGUUUUUCCGCUGGCUGUUUGACAAAGAAUUUCUAACAGAUGGGAAACUGCGGUUUGAGUGUGUGUUCCUACCGGACCAAGGGGCCUUUUUCGUAAAUUACGUGAUCGCGGCGGGCCUGGUGGGCUCGGCCAUGGAUCUAUUGCGGCUGCCUGGCUUGCUGCUUUACACCAUUCGCUUGGUACUGGCUCGCUCCGCUGCCGAGAGGAAAUACGUCAAACAAAACCAGGCUUAUGAGUUUGAAUACGGGGCUAUGUAUGGCUGGAUCCUGUGUGUCUUGACGGUCAUCAUGGCAUACAGUGUGAUUUGUCCCAUUAUUGUACCUUUCGGUCUCUUAUACAUGAUGCUGAAGCACUUGGUGGACAAGCACAACUUGUACUUUGCCUACUUGCCGACACCCCUCGACCGCCAAGUCCACCUGAAGGCUGUCAAUCAAGCUCUGGCCGCGCCCAUCAUCUGCCUAAUAUGGCUUUAUUUUUUUUCCGUCCUCAGAACGGGUUUCCUGACCCCAACGUCUCUGUUCACCCUGGUGGUCCUGAUCAUCACUAUCAUCAUCUGCCUCAGCUACACCUGUUUCGGCCAUUUCCAGUACCUCAGUCCACACAAUUAUGAGGUGAACAAGAAAGAUGAGGACUCGCCUGAGGAAGUGGAGGUACAAACUAUGGUUUACCUUCCAAGAGUGCUGAAUCCAAAAUCGUCAGUGGAGGCUUCAAACGGGUCUCUGACCCCGCAGUCUUACGGUUCUACUGAAGGCAGCCCGGCACACACCUCCAGUCCUGUAGAGGGCAGCGUGAUAAAAGACAAAGGCAUUGAAGUUCAACACUCAACACUGAGCUAGAAUGAAGACAUUCACUGUAAUGCUGGGAUAUGUGCUUGUACUUUAGGACGUUUUGGGGUCUGAUAUGUUUACACAAAAGCAACUUUUUGGGCCUUUACGAUAAGUGUCAAUUUAUCAAACAACAUUCCGCAAAUUGUUGACACUUGUUUUGUAAUAUAAUGCUAGUAUGCUUUUUGUCAUUUCUUGUGGAAUAAUGAAAGUCAUGUUGAGAGGGACAAUCGGUAGAAAAUGGCUAAAUGGAUGUUGCAUAAGAACAAAAUACGCAGUGACGCCAAAAAACCUUGUGAAGAAUUGCGCUUAAGACUUUAGGUGGAACUGCACUUUUUUGGGGAAUUUUCUAACUUGUAAAUAAAAGUCUGCUUGCGGAGCCAAUGGGAGGUUCUCUAUUUCGCCCAUAAAAUCCAAUAAAUAACCAUUCAAAAACC